AGAUUUUGGGUUGGAAUGGAGCCUAACGCAAAAGGCAGCAACUUUUUCCUCGAUUGUUGCAAUGGCGCGAUCUUCCAAGAGGAUUGCUGCAACACCAAGAGGAACAGGGACAACCAUCCGCACCUGAAGCCCAACAGCACUUCGCCGGGCUCAAGCCUGCGGAAUCAGAUGAGCGGAGUUGGGAUAGUCUGGCGCGUUGCCCAUUCAAAGGGCAUCCCGAAUGACAUCUUGGUUGUGGACGCCUUCGAUCCUCAAAGCAGCGCUGCGGAGGCUGACCUCCGCCCAGGAGACAUCCUCUUUCAAGUGGAUGGAGAGGAGGUGAUCGGCAUGCCCGUCACGAGCAUCGCAGAAAAACUCUUCGGACCUGUCGGCACCCAGGUCAUGAUCACGAUUCUUCGAGGAGGACUUAACGGAGAAGUUGUUCUUGUACAGCUUGAGCGCAGAUCUUCCGCCAAUGCAGCAUGAUAUUUCACUGCUUGUGUAAACAAAGCAGCCCAGUGAAAACUACUACGUG